AUAACCUCCCCAUGGUAUUACCGUGUGAUUCAGCUAUUUUAGCCUGCUGUAUGAGUCGACAUUUUUGGGGGGUUAUAGUACCCUUUAGAUAAAACCGAGUUAGGAUAAUUUAUUUUGCCCUUUUAGGAUAUCGUCCGACAAAUGCGGCGCAGCCUUCGGUCUGCCUAGUCGUCCACAGCUCGCAACCCGCGGAUUUACAAUCAACAAUUGACACAUAUUUCAGUCCGAGAAACCUUUCUCUGCUGUCAGUAUAUUUUCUAAAUAUGAGGUGGUUUGUGUCUCUGAACAUGGUCUAGCUGAGAUCUGUGAUCUGUGAAGCAGCAGCAGCCCGCUCGCACUGAGCCGAGAUGUCCAGUAGCUCGGGCUACCCCCCCAGCCAGGGGAGCUUCAGCAGCGAGCAGAGCCGCUACCCGCCUCAUUCUGUCCAGUACACCUUCACUGGGGCACGCCACCAACAGGAUUUCACCGUCCCAGACUAUCGGACUCACAUGCAAGAUCCUCAAGGUCGAAGAAGACCCUCUUUACUCUCUGAAUUCCACCCUGGAACUGAAAGGCCUCCAGAGAGACGCCAUGGCUACGAACAGCAGUUUCACUCCAUCACAUCCCAUGCGGAGCAAGAGGCCUUGGAUUCUAAACGGCCUCGCAUGGAGACUAUUGCUGAGUCUCACAUCAGCCGCACUCCUCCCACAGCGGGGGGUAUCGUCCUGCCCAUGUCCCACUCAGUACAGGACAGUCUGAGAGCCAGCGUAGAGGUCAAAAAGGAGUCUCAGUUCUCUGUCAAAGUUGAUUCCCCAUCCCAAGGAGGACACGCACUACACCUGGGGGAUGAACAGGACAACUCUCCCUCAAAGCUAUCCAAGGAGGAGCUGAUCCAGAGCAUGGACCGUGUGGACAGAGAGAUCGCUAAAGUAGAGCAGCAGAUUUUCAAGCUGAAGAAAAAGCAGCAACAACUAGAGGAGGAAGCAGCGAAGCCAGUGGAGCCAGAAAAGCCAGUGACCCCUCCCCCAGUGGAGCACAAGCACCGCAGCAUCGUCCAGAUCAUCUAUGAUGAGAACAGAAAAAAAGCAGAAGAGGCCCAUAAAAUCCUGGAAGGCCUGGGUCCAAAGGUUGAGCUGCCCCUCUACAACCAGCCUUCAGACACCAAGGUGUACCAUGACAACAUUAAGACGAACCAAGUCAUGAGGAAGAAGCUGAUUUUGUUUUUUAAGAGGAGGAAUCACGCUCGCAAACAAAGGGAACAGAAGAUCUGCCAGCGCUAUGACCAGCUGAUGGAGGCGUGGGAGAAGAAGGUGGAGCGAAUGGAGAACAACCCCAGACGCAAAGCCAAGGAUAGCCGAACACGGGAGUACUACGAAAGGCAGUUCCCUGAGAUCCGCAAACAGAGAGAGCAGCAGGAGCGCUUCCAGAGGGUUGGACAAAGAGGAACCGGCCUUUCAGCAACAAUCGCAAGAAGCGAGCACGAGAUUUCUGAAAUCAUCGACGGCCUCUCGGAGCAGGAGAACAAUGAGAAACAGAUGAGACAGCUGUCUGUCAUCCCUCCCAUGAUGUACGACUCCGAACAGAGGAGAGUGAAGUUCAUCAACAUGAAUGGCCUGAUGGACGACCCAAUGAAGGUGUACAAAGCCCGGCAGUUCAUGAAUGUUUGGACAGAGCAUGAAAAGGAGAUCUUUAAGGAGAAGUUUGUCCAACACCCCAAAAACUUUGGCCUGAUUGCAUCGUAUCUGGAAAGAAAGUGUGUUGCUGACUGUGUCCUUUACUACUACUUGACCAAGAAGAACCACAACUACAAGACGCUGGUGAGACGAAACUACGGACGACGGAGAGGGCGCAACCAGCAAAUCACACGUCCUUCACAAGAAGACAAGUCAGAGGACAAAACCGAAGAGGACAAAUCCGAGAAAUCCGAGAAAAAAGAGGACGAGGAAAAGAAGGACGAGGAAGAGAAAGAUGAAAAGGAGGAUUCUAGGGACAUUGGCAAGGACAAAGACAAGUGUGACGGUGGGGAGGACGAGGACGGGAAGGAGCAAAACACGCCGCGUGGCAGGAAGACUGCCAACAGCCAGGGCCGCCGUAAGGGAAGGAUCACCACACGCUCCAUGGCCAAUGAAGCUGCGUCUGUGGCGGCUGAGGAAGCUCCUCCCAAUGCCCCCGAGCCCGCCCUGCCUGAUCCUCCACAGCUCCCUAAGCAGGAUCCACAGAAGGCCUUAAAGGAGCCUGCAAAACCACAGACUCCAACAGCUUCCAUGGAUGCCAACAAAGCUGGUGUUGGGGAAACCGGAGAAACUUCUCGCUGGACCGAGGAGGAGAUGGAGGUUGCCAAAAAAGGGCUUGUCGAGCAUGGGCGAGACUGGACAGCCAUUGCCAAAAUGGUGGGCACCAAAAGUGUGGCACAGUGCAAGAACUUCUACUUCAACUACAAGAGGCGUCACAACCUGGACAACCUGCUCCAGCAGCAUAAACAGGAUUCACGGCGGGCUCGUGCUGAUAGAUCCCAAGGUGAAGGUCUCUCCACAGCAUCACCCGAUGAUGAUGAUGAUGACAACGCAGAUGACAGUGAAGGCGGUGACAAUAGCUCUGAUACAGAGAGUGCCCCCUCCCCCUCUCAGGCUGACUGCUCAAAGUCUGGGGACUCCAAGAGGGCAGACAGCUCUGCAGGAGAUGCUCAGUGCUCUGACCAGGACAAAGGUCAGACCAGUAAUGGAAAGACCCUGGAGCCCUCGUAUGGAGAUCUCUGUGUCAAACAGGAAAAAAGUCCAGAGAGUGAGAUUCAGGAGGAGCGGUCCAGAGUGUCCUCUUCAUACGGAGGCUCAUUGCAUCCUAAAAUUGAACCUCAGGAUGUGGACAUGAAGACUGGAGAGGUCCAGGUCAAGAUGGAGCCUGAGAUGAAGGAGAAAGGAGAAAAGGGAGAUCAUGGGGAGAGGCAGAGGGAGCUCCACUCAGAUAAUGACUCCAGCGCCACCUGCAGUGCUGAUGAGGAUGUGGAGGCAGAGCCUGAAAGGAGAAUAUUCUCGAUGGAAAAGCCAACAUUGCUCAACCCUCCAGGCACUGUUUUGGUGUCCUCCCCCAAACAAACCCAACUCAACAUCCAGCAGCUGCACCAGCGGGCAGCAAACAUCCCACCUAUGGUUCCUGGUCCUUUUGGCCCCGGCGGUGUGCCUAUCAGCGGUUUUGCCAUGCUGCAACAUCAGAUCAAAGCGGUGCAUGAGUCAGCGCACCAAGAGGAGAAGCAGCGGCAGGAUCAGGGUGACAUGGAGCGCAGACCCCCCUUCAACACCCGCAGCCCCACCAUAAUGGAUAGAGAUGUCCUCCACCCUGCUCCUGGCCAGAUGGUCCAGGGCAUGCCAGAUGGAGUUCGUGUGACGUUCAGCAGACCCAGUCGACCUCCCAACAUUCCCUCUCCUCCUCCGCUCAUUCCAACCACCAAGCCCACCGACAAGCCCUCCUUCAUCCAAGGUGGCUCAAUUUCCCAGGGAACACCUGGCACAUACCUGCCGUCUCACGUAUAUGGUCCAGAGGGGACAAAGAGCUCUGUGGGCUCCAUCCUUCUGGGUCUGCCUCGGAAGCAGGAUCCCAACAAGCCAGUUUCAUCCAUUCAGGACAGCAGAGGCAACCCAGCAAAGAUGGGCGAAGGUCUGAGUGUCAGAGGAUCAAUCUCUCAGGGCACACCAACUCUGUCCCAGUCCAGCAUCGCUGCUGACCUCCUGAAGGGCACAAUCACAAAGCUGGCCACAGAGGACCUGGGCAACCCUGACAAAGCGAGGGGAGAACAGCUGCCUAAAGGUCAUGUCAUCUAUGAAGGCAAGAUAGGUCACAUCCUCUCCUAUGACGCUAUCAAGAACCCAAGAGAAAACACCCGCAGCCCAAGAAUGGGCCAUGAGCUGAAGCGCACUUAUGACAUGAUGGAGGGACCCAUGGGUAGAGGUCACCCUGGCAGGGAAGGAGCUCCAUUUGAAGGGUUGAUAAGCAGAGCCUUACCCAGAGAUGGAAUGCAUGGGGACUCAAAGGAAAGACCACUGAUCCCUGGAUCCAUCUUGCAAGGAACACCUCGCACCGCUACAGAGACCUAUGAAGAUGCCAUGAAAUAUGGGAAACAGAUAAAGCGAGAGAGCCCACCGAUUCGCUCCUUCGAAGGGGGGAUUGGCAAGGGCAAGCCUUAUGAGGGUGUCAAUACUAUUAAAGAGAUGGGACGCUCCAUUCAUGAAAUCCCCCGGCAAGAUCAGUCCGGCCAGGAAAUCUGCAAGACCCCUGACAUGUCCGACAGGAGGGUGAUGGAGGGAGCCAUGUCUCAGAUUCACCCUCUCAACCAGCCCACCAUCAAGCACAAUGUCAAGUCCCUGAUCACCAGUCCCAGUAAGCAUCCCCACAGCAUGCCGCAGCUGGAAGCCAUGGAGCGAGCUAAAUACGAGGAGAGCAAAGGAGUGCGCCACACUUCAGUGGUGAACUCCACCUCUGUCCUUCGCUCUACACACCAGGAGGCUGGAAAAUCCCAGCUCAGCCCAGGCAUGUACGAGGACCCCAACGCUCGCAGGACCCCUGUAAACUACAGCACCAAUCCCGUGUCCAGAGGGUCUCCCAUGCUGGGACGAGGUCCAGACAGUGGUAUGAGCUCUAAAUCUGCUGCGCAUGAAAGAAAGAGUGCCAUGACCCCGACUCAGAGGGACAAUGUCCCAGCCAAGUCCCCUGUGUCGGGAGGCGACCCUGUAGCCUCUCACAGCCCGUUCGACCCUCACCACCGGCCUGUUGUUCCUGGAGAGGUGUACAGAGCUCACCUGCCUCCUCACCUCGACCCCACCCUGGCCUUCCACAGAGUGCUGGAUCCUGCCUUCAUGUUUCCAAGGCAGCCGUCCCCGACCGGCUACCACAACACCUACCAGCUGUACACCAUGGAGAACACGCGGCAGACCAUCCUUAAUGAUUAUAUCACUUCCCAGCAGAUGCAAGUCAUCCCUCGGCCUGAUAUGGUCCGAGGCAUGUCCCCACGGGAGCAGCCUGUCACCAUCCCUUAUGCAGCUGGAGCUCGAGGGAUAAUUGAUCUAGCCCAGAUGCCUCCAACUAUCCUGUUGCCUCACCCUGGGGGAACAGGUACUCCCACUUUGGAACGCAUCGCCUACCUCCCCGGAGCUCAGCCCCCUUUCCCUCCUAGGGCUUUCAACCCAACCUCCAUUUCGUCAGGUCACCAAGCCCACCUUGCUGCCGCUGCUGCCGCCAGUGCAGAAAGGGAACGAGAGAGGGAGCGUGACCGGGAGCAGCAGGAGAAGGAGAGAGAGAAGGAAAGGGAAAGGGAGCACAGAGAGAGAGAACGAGAGCGGGAACGCGAGAGGGAACGGGAAAUGCGAGAACGAGAGCGGGAGCGUGACCGGGAGCGGGCCAAUGAAUACAUGCGUGGAGGUGGACAAGAGCAGCCUGGUAGGCCUGGGAGUCGAGGAUAUCUGCACUCCCCCUCUCUCAGGACACAAGAUGUUGUUGUUCAGCAGCGGCCAAGUAUCUUCCAGGGCAAGAGUGUCAUCACCUCUCUGAUGCCUCACACAGCAGAACCCACACCAGUGUCUCAGAGUAACUCUCCCUACACGACGGCAGCUGAUGCUCUGGCUGCCCUGGUGGACGCUGCAGCCUCCGCCCCGCAGAUGGAUGUUGCCAAGGUGAAAGAUAGCAAACAUGAUCGGGAUGACGAAAUCUCUUCAAGUGCCGCAGCUCGGCGAGCUUUUGUUGAACAGCAGCAGCAGGAGGCAGAAAGGCGAUCCAUGCAGUCCCCGUAUGGGGCCAUGUCUCUGCCAGGGGGUAAGCCUCAUUCAGCUUACCCUGAGGGUGCUCGAGGUGGAGACAAGGAGAGGGGCCCUCAGACCUCAAAGUCUCGUAUCGAAGAGGAGCUUCGCACUCGUGGAAAGACAACAAUUACAGCUGCUAACUUCAUUGAUGUCAUCAUCACGCAGCAGAUCGCCUCGGACAAAGACUCCAGAGAGCGAGGCUCUCAGAGCUCUGACUCCUCCAGCAGCUUGUCAUCCAGUCGAUAUGACAACACUGGUGGAGGAGCCAUCGAGGUGAUCAGUCCUGCUAAUUCCCCAGUCCAAUCCCACCAGGAAAAACAGGACGAGGGACAGCCACAGGCAGCAGCUGCCAUGCGAGGGUAUGACAUGGGUCGAUACCGGCCACAAGGGGAGCCACCACAGCCCAGUCCCCAGCAGCCCCAGCAGCCCUCUCAGGCUGACAGCUACUCCCAGGUCCCAAAGACUCACCGGGUCAUGACUCUGGCAGACCACAUCUCGCAUAUCAUAACCCAGGACUUUGCCCGCAAUCAGGACCCUCCUCCAGUCUCCUCCUCAGCUUCGACCACAUUCCAGAGCAUUGGACCACCUGUCUCCUCUUCAAGUCGUGCCAAGAUGCAAAGCCGCUACAGUCCAGAGAAUCAGGUCCAGGCCUCACACCACCAGAGACCCUCCAGCAGAGUUUCACCAGAAAACGCCCUAGACAAGCCCAGACCCAGGCCUGGUAAGUCUCCAGAGCGAGGUGGCCGGCAGAUGGAGAACUAUGAGCCCAUCUCUCCACCACAGAGCUACCAAGGCAUGGACAAACAGGAGGCUGGUGGGCCUCCAGCCCAGAGGAGGGAGGCUGACAACUCUGAGAUCAGGAGUGACUCUCGGUCCCCGGGGAGCGUGAGCUAUCUGCCCUCCUUCUUCACCAAGCUGGAGAACACCUCACCAAUGGUGCAAUCCAAGAAGCAGGAGAUCUUUCGUAAGUUGAACUCCACCUCUGGUGUCGGUGAUUCUGAUGUUGGAAACGCACAGCCAGGCACAGAGAUCUUCAACUUGCCAGCUGUUACCAGUUCCAGCAACAUCAACCCCAGGAAUCACUCCUUUAGCGACCCAGCCAGUAACCUGGGCCUGGAGGACAUCAUCCGCAAAGCUUUGAUGGGAAACUUGGAGGAGAGACAGGAUGAGCACCAGGGAGUAGGGCCCAUUAACAAUGCAUCUGGCCCAGGCAGCGACACCCGCCAGGAGGCCAAUCCAUCACCGAGUAUGGGUAAGCAGAAGCAGGGCAAAGCCAACAGCCGGAAAUCAAAGUCACCCAAUCUGGGUCAGGCCUACGCUGGAGGGGAGCGUCCAUCUUCAGUGUCCUCCGUCCACUCAGAGGGAGAUUAUCACAGACAAGCCCAAGCCCAGCCUCAGUGGAGCUGGGACGACCGACCCUCAUCAACAGGAUCCAUGCAGUUCCCUUAUAACCCGCUGACCAUGCGCAUGCUGAGCAGCACACCGCCCACCUCCAUCGCUUCCCCCACCAUACAGAGCCAGCAGCAGCAGCAGCAGCAGCAGCAGCAGCAACAGCCUCCAGCUGGAACCCCGGUGGCCCAACAGCGCGUGUGGCAGUCUCUUCUGUCAGAGCAAUACGAGACCCUGUCUGACAGCGAUGAUUGAGCCCUGCUUGCUUAAAGCCCCGAUAACCAGAGGAGAGGUCUGAGCUGAGGCUUGUUCACCCCCCCAACUCUGAGAACUAACCUCGCUUACUGGCGAGUGCAACAAGAAGAUGGGGUGGUGUCCUUUUUAUUUUUGGUGCUAUGGCGCCCCCUGGCUGUUUGCUAUGUGUACAAGCAACAGCCUGUGACAGGCAGGGCUCUCCAGAACAAGACUCGCUUUUGGAAGCACUCACCCAGCCCGUCGAGGGGGGGGGGGUUAACGAAACUCGACUGAGGGGAGAACGUGAGCUAAAGUGAAGAUGAAGAACUUAAUAUGUAAAAAGAAACAACAUAAGAGACUAUUUCUGAAUUUUUUUGUUUGAUUUCUGUAAAGAUAUCCCUGUCUUUAAGAAAAUCAUUGUAUGUAAAUAGAGUAACAUUUUGCAGUGUUUUUCUUAACUUGAUUAUUUCUUAUUUUAAUGUCGCUUUUAAAUUGAUCCACUUUAAAUGGGAAGAGUUGGGGUAAAAUCUUUAAUAUCAGUCGGUCUCUCCCAGUCCACCCCCACUCUAUGUCACCUGACACCCUGACUCAAAUAUUUUUACCAUAGCGACACUAAGAGAGACCAGACCUUUGGUUUGUACCUGUACCAGAAGUGGAGCAGAAAUUGUGCCACCCUGCACCUCCUCCACCAAGCACCACCAGAGCCUGAACAUCGCAGACGUUUGAGGAUGAAACACAACACAGACUAACAUUUCAAACAAACAACAUUGAUAUUGGAUGCCUGUCUUUGCCACACAGUGGAGACGAUGCAUGGAUUGUAACUUCUCACCCCGUUCUAGACAGAGAAAUGUCUUCAAAACAAGUUGAGAACACUGGUGUCAUAGCAGAAAGGUGAAAAGUCUGAUAUAAGCUUAAUUUUUGCCGGAAAAAAGAUAUCCUGAUGACUACUCCUGGACCCCGUCUGAAUGAUGAAAGUGAGCCAAUGUUUUUUUUUUUCCAAUAGAGCCAUGGUGUGUCACAUGUAGCUGUCUCUCUCUGCAGUUUCCAACCUGUCCAGAAUGAUCUGCUCUGCAAAUUGUCAUGGUAAACGGAAAAAGAGUCAAGUUUUGCCAUGCCUUGUGACUUGAGUAAGAAGGCAGCUUUAACUAAUUUUCUCAGAGAUAUACGUUGGUGUUUGAUGUUUGUAUUUGUUUCUGUAGUCCCUCUUUUUCUUUUCUUUUUUUUUGAUACUGUCCUGACAAAAAUCUGAACUCUGUAAAAUUGUCUUUCCAUUAUACAAAAAGACAAAACUAACCAAACAUAAAGAAUGGUCUGCACCAUUGUUGCACUUUUUUGCUUUGUAGCUUUUGACAGAAAAAAAAAAAUCAUACUACCUGCUGUGUAACUUAUUCAACCUCCAGCACAGGAGUAUACUAAGAUGUGCUUUAAGUUCUUCCCACCACUCAAAGGAAUCUGGAUGUUUUUAAACUUCCUGUCUUUUCUUGUAGCUGGUACAUGAUGAAACGGUGUGACACUUGCAUCACAGUUACAGUUUUGAGUGUAUGGUACCAUUAUAUGUUUUGGAGUUUGCCGUCAUGGUGAUUCAAAUCCAUGGCCACUUAAUCUCUGCUUACAUUGUGUCAAUCAACCGGCAUAAAGCUUUGAAAAUGGAUUAUAUACUAGGUCAACCUCCUAUAUGGCAGUAACGUUCCUUUGCUUGUCUUUUUUUUUUCUGGAUAUGUGCAAAAUACCGUAUUAUGGCUUUUUCAGCUUUCACUUGCUCAGUUAACAAAUCCAUUCUGCUCUAAACUUGAUAUUUCCUUUGUUCCUUUCAUUUUUUGCUUUUGAAUCAUUCAUUUGUCAUAGCACAUGUUCAGAUUAUUAUUUCCUGUCAUUUUCAACAUCUGUGUUAUUCAUCCUGUUAAAACUGGGAUGUUAUGUGUUUACAAAAGCAAUGACAAAAAAGAAGUUUACAAACUUGAAUCUUAAAAGAAAUCCGACAUGAAGCCGAAAAAGAAUUGGAGUAUAUUUUCAGCUCUCUAUCAAACACACAGUGAUGACUUUUUUUUUUUUUUGUCUUUUUGAAAUUGAGACUUGAAAACCCGUGUAUCAUAUGAUGUUGAAAUGCAAUGUUUGUAUCGCACAAUGUCUCUUAGUAGGCUAUUACAAGAGUUCAGACCAAUCAAUAAAGUGGAUCAGUUCUCCACCACAGAAAUGUGUCAGUC